UUUCAGCCAAGUUUUUUUUCCUAGCCCCACAUUCAAUUGUACCCGAGACAGACAAAUCAAAAUCAUCGAAGUUUCAAUUCAGCGCCGGUUCAGCGAAAUGCCCACACACCGCAAAAAGAGUACCGCUAAGAAAGUCUACCCAUCACCAUUAACAAUCACACCGACGCAAUUGAACAACGAUCUCUGUUUGCAGUAUGCAUAUCUCUAUGCGAAACCAAAACGCCAACAGCGCAUGGACACCAAGACUGUUUGUCAGAUGCAAGAAUUGAUUGGGGUCAAAAUGAGAGAACCAGAUGGAAACAUUUUGGAUGAUGCGUUUAUUACAAAUUUUCGUUUGCUCAAGGAUAUCGAUGCAAACAUUUUUCGAUCCAUGACAAAGACAUUGUUCAAAGCGUUGGUCUCUCAACCGAUACGUUACCCAUUCCUCACCAAACUGACCACAGAAUGGCUUGAAUAUGCAAAUCACACAUCGAUGGCCACCAAAGAACGCUUUUUCAUGGAAAAUUUGAGUAUAUUUCAAACAAUGGCGCAAUUCAUCCCGAAAAUUGGUUGCUAUUCAUUGCAAGUGCGGAUUCUGAAGAUCAUCUUUAGUCAUUUGAAGUCUCCACAAGAGUACGUUAAGGUGUUGUUCAAGCCCUUGAUUGAGGAUCACCCACAUGGCAUUUUCUGCCGAUUGGAAUCGUACAACACACUCAGCGAUCGACAGAAGCAGAUCAUCAUGUACCGUGACAUCCCAAAUGAUUUGAAUAAAAAAGCCAAACGUGUUUUCUCAAAAGUCUUGCGAUAUUUGUACUUUGACAAUAAGGCUAUUGCGCCGUAUCCGAGUCAUGAAGGUUUUUCUGAUUGGAAUCUCGGGACAAAAACUAUCGAAUUCUCGCUUAACCUGAGCGGAUUUGAGGCAAAGACCAUGAUUGACAGUGACAAUCUGGAAUCUGUGCAAUAUGCAAUUGGCCCACGACACAACCAAGUUCAUGAAAUCACAUUCACGCUCAGCGAACCGUUGAAUUUGAGUUGUGAUUCUAAUCCGAGUCUUUCUGGUCGUCGAUCAGUGGCAAAGGUCAAAAUGAUGUUUGAUACGUUAGAGGCACACGAGGUCGAAAAAUUGUUCUUUAAAAUGUUCCCCAACCUUGCCACAUUCAAAAAGGAUGGACAAGUGAAAAUGGCGAAACCAGCUCUUCACACCGUUCGCGACACGCACAUGGGAGAAGUUUUCAUUUCGACACCACCUUCGAGCCCGCCAAGACCGUUUCGAAAAUUACGUGGCAGUCCAAAGGACAUAGAUCCAUCGGAAUAUUUCAAAAACACCGAAUAUUCGAUCGACCAAGAUGAACAUCAACCAGUCCAACUGGAGCUCAAACACUCAGACAGCGAGGUAGAACCACCGGUAAAAGCCAAUGAUGAACCGAACCAGAAACAAGUAACACCCACGCGAUCGACAGAGAAACAAACGACUCGGAAACCAUCGAAACAGAAACAAUCGAAGAAAACUGCUGACGACACCGUCGUCAGUAAU